AUGGACUAUCUGUUUUGGAAGAAGAAUAGCAUUAUUGAACCAGAACUAGACAGGGAUCCUUAUCCCUGGAUAAUAUGGUAUAUUUGGAAGGCUGGGAAUGACAAACUUUUCAGGGGUGUAGAUAGAGAUCCUUUGGAACUAGUUCGACAUGCAGAAAGUGAAUGCAAAGCCUGGUUUGAUGCUAACGAAGUGGUACAACCAGUGGUACAACCAGUGGUACAGGAUAAUAACCCUGUGGUAACCCAAGUCAUAAGCUUGGUGGAUGCGGAUGGGUAUGGAUGGACAGUGGUGGGAACAUUCAACUUAUGGGAACAAGGAAUUUCACUCAACGCGAAUCAGCCUUGCAUUCAGAAGUAG